AUGCAGAGUCAAGAAACCGCGUGUGUUUUGGCCGCUAUAAUCCUGGCCGACGAGAACCAAGAGCCUACGGCAGCAAACCUCAAGUCCAUCUGCGACGCCGCCGGCGUCAAGGUGGACAGCAUCUGGUUCACCCUCUUCGCCAACUACCUGGAGGGCAAGAACGUCAAGGAGCUCCUCACAACCCUGGGGUCUGCGUCUGCUGCCCCUGCCCCUGUUACUGCAGGCGGUGCGGUCGCUGCUGCAGCGGCGGCUGCCGAGACCGCCAAGAAGGAGGAGUCCGACGACGAUGAGAUUGUCGGUGCCGGCGGAAUGUUCGGCGGCGACUCAUCUUCCUCCGAGGAGGAGUCUUCCGACUGA